UGUGACUGCUUUGGUGGCUGACUGUAACUUCCCUGGGCUGAGGAGGAACAAGAAUGUGGAGAAUUUCCUCAACAGAUAUGCCGGCCCAGUGGACAUGAUCAAUGGCUGCCGUCUCAAGGCUGACGACUUUGAAGUGGUCAAGGUCAUUGGGCGAGGAGCAUUUGGUGAAGUGCAAUUAGUCAGACACAGAAACUCCAGGAAGGUGUUUGCCAUGAAGCUGUUGAGCAAGUAUGAAAUGAUAAAAAGAUCCGAUUCAGCAUUUUUCUGGGAGGAGCGAGAAAUCAUGGCCAAUGCUAACAGCGAGUGGAUAGUCCAGCUCCAUUACUCGUUUCAAGAUCCACGAUACCUGUACAUGGUGAUGGACUACAUGCCAGGGGGUGAUUUGGUCAACCUCAUGAGCAAUUACGAUGUUCCAGAGAAAUGGGCCAAGUUUUACUGUGCAGAGGUGGUGCUAGCUCUAGAUGCCAUUCACUCUAUGGGCUUCGUUCAUAGGGAUGUGAAGCCUGACAACAUGUUACUGGACGCAGCUGGCCAUCUCAAAUUGGCCGACUUUGGCACCUGCAUGAGGAUGGAUAAGGAUGGCAUGGUGCGCUCAGACACGGCUGUGGGCACCCCAGAUUACAUCUCCCCAGAGGUGCUCAAGUCCCAGGGUGGGGACGGCUAUUACGGCCGGGAAUGUGACUGGUGGUCUGUCGGGGUCUUCCUUUAUGAGAUGCUUGUCGGUGACACUCCAUUCUAUGCAGACUCGUUGGUAGGGACAUAUGGCAAAAUCAUGGAUCACAAAAAUUCCCUCGACUUUCCCCAGGAUCUAGAGAUUUCCAGUGAAGCCAAGAGCCUGAUUUGUGCAUUUCUGACUGACAGGGUAGAGAGAUUAGGUCAACACGGAGUGGAUGAGAUUAAAUCUCAUAGGUUUUUCAAAAAUGAGACGUGGUCAUGGUCAACGAUAAGAACAACCAAUCCUCCAGUAGUACCAGACUUGACCAGUGAUGUUGACACAAGUAACUUUGAUGAAAUAGAGAAGGAUGAAAGCCCUCCGGAGACAUUUGCUGUUCCCAAAGCCUUUGCGGGAAACCAUCUGCCCUUCAUUGGCUUCACCUAUAACAGGGAUAACAUAUUAUUUGGUAAUACUCCAGCAUCCACUCCAGUAAGUACUUCUAUAAACCUGUUUAAAAAAAAAACAACAAAAUAGAUGUGAAAGGCUACAUGUAUUAACUUCAGUGCUGCAGCAUAACAACCUGUAGCUUACUUGUAGCUUACUUGUAGCUUACUUGUAGCAUUGUGGCAAUAUAAGAAGUCAGAUCGAAAAUCAUAUGUCUUAUCAGUCAUUGAAAAACUCUGAUGAAAACGUAUCUGGCAAAGGAUGUAAAGUGAAUGUUGGGUUUAUGUGUGGAAAUGCCUCUGUAGGACUUCUUAGGAUGCUGUAAGUAGUGUCAUCCCUGGUGUAGUGUUACAGUGUAAGCAGAGGCCGGAUAGAGUAGAUGCUACUGUAUGUGAAACAAGCCAAGGCUUGGGUCAGAUGACAGGCUGCUGUAAUGGAAGAUGGAAGUGAAAAUUUGACAAGACAACGACUCUUUCUUAAAGUGAAUAACUUGAUGACAUUUCUACAAUUCUUUGGAGCAUAUCUCUGACUAGAAAUCCUGUCCAUAGAUGGUGGUGAAAGUUCUGCAGUUUUCUGUCAGAUGAAUUGAAAAUCUGUCGUAUAUCGUAUUCGUGGAUUAUAUAAUCAAGAAUUUUCCAUCACCUACUUUAUGGCAGCCAUGUUGGAGGAAUGCUGCUAUUGUAGCCCAUGUUAAUAUGGCUCCAGUAUGGCCAAAAAGCUCUUCUUCUUCUGGACUAGUAAACCAGUUCACAUGCAAACCAGAAAAAUGU